AUCACAGCACACCAGCUGGAUACUGUGGUGACCUCAAAAUACCGCCCGCCUAGUCAAGCGUUCUUGGGACGGUGUUUCCCCCUACACCGGUUAAAUCACACUACUGGCGCGGUAGUCUGUGCAACACACACCUGACGGAACUAGAAUACAGUUGCUCUCCACAUUCAAACCAACACUCACCAGACAUGGCUCAAAGAAUGGACAAGAUGAUGAACGAGUUGAGAGAGGCCUUUCUGAUUCAGGACAAAGAUGAUGACCAUAAGAUAAACAUUAUAGAAUUAGGCAGCGUCAUGCGCAGUAUAGGACUGUGUCCCACGCAGGCACAGAUCGCCUCUAUAGCACAGGAGUAUGGUGCCAGUGCUACUGGUAAGGGAGGUAAAUUAUUUGAUAUGGACGAAUGCAAGAGAAUUGUACAGAAAAAUGCAGGACUGACCGAGACUCCGGAAUCGGUUCGUGACUGUUUCCGGAUAUUUGACAAGGAUGGUAAUGGCUACAAUAGUGCAUCAGAACUACGUCACGUACUCACAACCCUUGGGGAACCCCUGAAGGAUGAGGAAGUGGAUGAACUUAUCAGGGAAAUUGAGUUGACAGUCGACGGGCAGUUUAAUUAUGAAGAUGUGGUAGGACUUUUGAUGCAGUCUUCUUAGAAAAUGCUGGGUUUUAAGAUCAAAGGACAGAAAAGUGACAUUAUUUAUGAAUUAAACCCUUCAGCAAGAGAGGGGAAGCGGUAGAGUGUACGCAAAUGUACAAGAAACAUAGCAACUACAUCAUGUAAAUCCAGCACUGUUCAAGUAGUGUUCAGAAUUCAUGUGUGUUAACACAUGAUGCGUUUCUUUUCCUGUAAAUGUGUGCAAUACAUGUGUAAUUGCAUGAGGAAGUAAAUAGCUGGCUAGUGCACGUAAAUCAUCUCAUUAUAUCACUACAAAUUGGCAGACUGAAUAAUUUGUUUCGUGUAAACUUUUAGCUUCAAUUCUAUUUUUGCAUACACCAUGGCUAUGGCUGAGAUAAAGCAAAUUUUAGUGUAAUUAUGAUCUCAAUGAAAGCUUGCUAUGAAAUAUAGGAAAACAAAUGCCUUUUCUGAUUCUGUAAUUAACGCCCUUUUAUGACACAAGUUGAUAAAAUCCAUCCAUGUAAGCUUCAUACAAAUACCAAAUAUUAAUUAUGGAUUGGUUUGUUGGCAUGAAUGAAGAUUCAAAUGUAGCAAAAGAUCUGAGCACCACACUUGUAUAUAUACAUUCCAUGUUUGUUUAUAUCCAUCAAAAGGAUAUAUGUUUAUAUGUUAAGCGUUGAAUCAUUAAAACUUGUAUACAUUAAUCAA